GGAAGCGCACAACAAACCGUCUUCAUGUUAGCUAGCAGGCUAACUCCCUGAUGGUCUAACGACAGCCAAUAAAAAGGUUGUCAGACUGAGCUGUUAUCACGAGGAUGAAGAUGAGGAGGAGGAAGGUGGUGCUGUCAGUCCUCUGAUCUCUGUCCGUCUGUAUGGAGGAUGUGGUUCUGCACUAUCACUCUGGAUCAGCAGAUGGGCUCGGCUCUCUGUUAGAGAGGACAGAGAAGCUUCUGGAGCCUUUUCCCUGUCGGACUAUUCCGGUCUUCACUCCUUGGUUCCCCGCCACAGCUGCAGACCGCCGGCUGCCCAUCAGACCCGCCAAACCAGCUCCUGUCAUCGCCUGCUCAGACGAUUUACUCGUCUCUGACAGCAGGCCACACACUCACACAGCAGUGACUAAUUCUCUCCCACAAAACAAACUGCAGAAACCUAAAGUUUAUGGCCCUGUUGCUGAGAAACAUCAGGAUCAUCCACAUACAGAGACAACAAGAAGUCCACCAGGAAAAACACAGGAAAGCAAAGAUGCCUUCAUCAUUUCAGAAACACCAAACCAUCUCCUCCCAGCUUCCCUCUGUCACAAGCCAGAGAGAGAGGUCACCAGACUGUCGCCUGAAAAACUCCCCCAGAGAGACAGAGAUGGCUUCACCGUCUCAGACUCCCCGAUCAGACGCUCCUGGAGCAUCUCCUCACAGAGAGGAGUCCUGCUGCAGAGCUCCCAGUCACUGUCCAAGCAGUUUCAUCACAUGGUGUCUGUCCACAAGCUCCACCUCCGCCAGAGGGCCAAGUGGGUGAUCGGUGAGCACAACUGUGGAGCAGCACGGGACAUCGAACAGGUGUGGCGGACUCUGAGCCGGUCGGUCCGGAGCUCCAGGCUGCCGACGUGCAACGCCAACAUCCAGAGGGAGCGGGCGGAGAUCUGGGUGUUCUGCGACGUUCUCCACUCGGAGCAGGUGGGGCGUUUCCUGAAGGAGGAGCUGCAGCUGUCGGGGGGGAUCAGCCUGUCGGUUCACAGACUGGGAAACGUGUUCAGCGUGUAGAGGAACGUCAGCUGGAACUGAACAGUAUGAUCAGACCAAAGACGACACUCUGGGGCUUUUACAAACAUGACAACACUGUGACUUAACAUUUAAUAUAACACGUUAAAGAAUGAGUACGUUUACCUGCACAGAAACCUGAGUCAGGUGUUUACAUGCCUCAGUGUCCUGGUUUCUAACAGAGCACUCCGGCUAGGAUAAUUCAGGUUUCUGAAAGCUGUGAUAAAGACGAAUCCAUGUUUCUGAAACCAGGAUGUCAUGUUUACAUACGCAGCUCAUAACCACAGGGAUGUUUCAUAAAGAAAGAACCAGUUAAACCAGGUUUAUCUCAGAAAGUCAGGCUUAUUUUCAGGAAAAUCUGUUUUCAAAGAGCAAGUUAAGUUUAUUUUUUUUAUAAAACCAGAGUUACAAGAUGCCUCAGAAUGAAUCUUUUUCAGUCUAAGAUAUUCUAGUUAACACGUGCUUUUUUUUCAGUGCACUGCAAUAAAAGUAAAGCUGCUAAACAACUUUGCAUGUAGCCUCAUAGUAAGAAACAUUUUACCCAUUUCUUCUUUUUAAAAUGUCACUACAUAAAAUUUGAGAAAUUAAUUUAGAAAAACUGCAGAAAAUGGCAGACAGAUAAUCUGAUCAUCCCGAAUCAAUGAGCUGUUUCCUUUUAUCUCUUUUAAAUAGUCCAAUAUGAGUAUGAGGGAAAAACGCCGUCUUCAGUGUGAUGGUUAGAUCCUUUUAACGUUUCACCACUGGUAGCAGUGGGAUAUACAGAUACAGUUGUUUAUCACACAACAUGUAGUUUUGUAACAAUAGAAAAAUCGAAGUUCAGCUUUCCUAUUUGAUUUGUCCUUUUUACUUUUAGCUGGUCAGUCGUCUGCGAAGCACUUUAAACCGCACUCACCUGAAAACAUUAUUGAUUGAUAAAAACAAAACUAAACACACAUUCACAAACUGGUGAGAAGUGAAAAGGAUAAAACCAGGAAACUGAAGGACUUUUGCACCUUUUAUGAAACUCAAAGACCUCACAACCAGCUGAACCUUUUUUUAAAGAGCAUGAUUCCACACUUUAACAUGAUCAGUGAUUCAGCAUAUCUACAAUAUUUAUUUAAUACAACAUCUAGUAAAUACACAACAUACAAAACUAUAUUCUAACUUGCCCUAGUGCUAUUUACAUUUGGCAUUCUCGUUGUCAUGACAACAAUCCUCUACUGCAGAACUUCAUUAGUAUGUUAUAAGAAUUUACUUCCUUAAUGAACUGAACUGAAGAGGAAAUAAAACCACAAACAGAUUUGGUUUUUUGUGUCUGUAAUUUAGCAUUUAUAAA